GGAGCUCGGAGCGUUUGGGGUUGGGGGGGAGGGUGGAGCUGCUCGUCCCGGGGCUCGGUGGUCCAAGCUUUUGGUGGUCCCGCUGCUCGGAGGUCCCAGCAGAGCCCCAGCCGUCGCGGCACCCACCGAGGAGGCGCCCAGGCAUUUUUUUCCCUCCCCCUUUGCCCCCUCCCCCCCCCCCCCCCUUCCCUCCAGCAUCCCCAGCAGUGCUCAGACACCCCCCCCUCCCCCCCCCCGCCCCCUCUCCCCACCAUGAAAGCCAUCAGCCCGGUGCGAUCCGUCCGGAGCUGCUACGAGGCCGUUUGCUGCCUUUCGGAGCAGAGUUUGGCUAUCGCCCGGGGGGGCAACAACAAGAGCCCGGCCUUGGAGGAGCCCAUGAACUUGCUGUACGACAUGAACGAUUGUUAUUCCAAACUGCGGGAGCUGGUGCCGGGAAUCCCGCAAGGCAGCAAGGUGAGCCAGGUGGAGAUCCUCCAGCAUGUCAUCGACUACAUCUUCGACCUCCAGAUCGUGCUGGAGGAGGGGGCCAAGGGCCGCGACCCCUCCCCCGAGGCCACCCUACUGUCGCUCAAGGCGGCCGGGCUCGCCUCUGAACUCUGCUCCAAAGACGAGAGAAGUUUGUGUCACUAACGGCUCCUCCAUCAG